AGCAUCGCUAUAAGUAAAGCUAGUCAAGUACUCAACGGCGUCGUAUGGUAAAUAUCUCUAACUAUACAUUCAAUUAACUAAACAGACCUAGGCAACACAAAUUUUGAGAAAAUCACGAUAAGUCCAAGUAGCAAUAUGCAAAGUAAGUAAUUUUGUCCUCGCGUCUUAGCAGACACUUGAUCAAAGUUCUACUCCAUAAAAUGUGAUUCAGCGUGUCUCUUUAUAUUAAAACACGUAAAUAGAUUUGAAUAAUGUCCACUCAGAAAGGGCCAAAGCCCUCCGUUCGCUUUGGUCAGGUAGUCAUUGGACCACCAGGCUCUGGGAAAACAACUUAUUGCCAAGGGAUGCAGCAGUUCUUGACUGGUCUGGGACGAAAAGUGGUCGUGGUGAACAUGGACCCUGCGAACGAGGGACUCCCGUACCCCUGUGAAGUGGACGUCUCUGAGUUGAUCACUCUGGAUGAUGUGAUGGAGGGUUUGAAACUUGGACCUAAUGGUGGACUCUUGUACUGUAUGGAAUAUUUACAAGCAAACCUGGACUGGCUUGAAAAUAAACUCCAUAAACACAAUGACUGUUACGUUUUGUUUGACUGCCCUGGACAAGUAGAGCUAUACACACACCAAAGUUCUGUAAAAGACAUAUUCACACAGCUGGGAAAGUGGAAUUUCAGGUUGACAGCAGUGCAUCUUGUGGACUCCCAUUACUGCACUGACCCAGCCAAAUUCAUCUCUGUGCUCUGCACCUCUCUGUCCACCAUGCUGCAUGUGGAGCUUCCUCAUGUCAAUGUCCUCUCCAAAAUGGACAUAAUUGAGCAGUAUGGCAAACUUGCAUUCAAUCUUGACUUCUACACAGAAGUUAUGGACUUGUCGUAUCUUCUUGACCAUCUUGCUUCAGACCCAUUCUUUAAGAAAUUUCGACAUCUUAAUGAGAAGUUGGCAGAGGUCAUUCAAGACUACAGCCUGGUCUCUUUUGUGCCUCUUAAUGUACAGGACAAAGAAAGCAUGAUGCAGGUUUUGCGAGCAGUGGACAAGGCCAACGGCUACUGCUUUGGUGAUCUGGAAGAAAGAAAUCUGCAGGCCAUGAUGUCAGCGGCUGUGGGGGCAGACUUCCAGUUUGACUCGACACUUGGAGUACAAGAGAGAUAUGUUGAAAACAGCAAAAAGAGUGUUGAAGAAGAAAUGAUGGAACUGUAAAAUGUGAUAUUUAAAAUAAAGGU